AUGUUGAGCCCCAAUUCCAGCAUGCGACACGUGUCCGCAUCAAUCAUCCACUCUUUCAUUCUUCCUCUAUCCGUCCCUGACUCCCUGAGAUACAGCAGCGGUGGGGAGAAAGGAAGGGAUAAUAUUAUUCAUCACGACGAGGCGGUAGUGGAGGAAGAGAUAGUGAGAGCGCCGUCUCUGGCGGAGGAGUUCAAGAGACUGGAGGGGGAAAAAGCCAAGGAAGAGAGCCAUAUCGAGGUGGCGGAGCAGCAAGGGCUGGCGAGCCAGACUGCGGAUAAGACGUUGGACGCCAUAGAUGAGUCGGUGGGUGGUGCCGACGAUCCAGACCGCCUGCAGGAAGCGGUGAAGAAUCGGUACAAGGAGCACGAGCCACAUGCUGAUUAUCGCCGGAGGGGCGACAAUACUACUAGAUUCUGA